CCUCUCGGCAUGUCCCAGUUUGAGGCGAGGGCUGUUGCGGUUAACUUUGGGGGCUUGACCAACCCACGCUUCCCCUGGCUGUGGGCUAUCUUUCCCAGAAGCCUCCUCGGUCCACAGCCUUUCUUUUCUUUCUUUUUUUUUUUUUUAAAACUUAUUCCCACCCUUCAGCACCACCUUAUUGCUGCUCGGACCUGUCGGUUCGCCGAGGUCCUUAGAGGAUGCUAGGUGAGGCUGGGCUGUCAGUACUGGCCUUCACCGAAGGCUGGAAACACGACGCGACACUGGGCGAAGACAGCUGUGCCAGCCAGGCUCUAGCUGGGAUUUUUCCUCCCCUGGACUAUAUUCCCCUUAGGGCUCCGCGGCAUAUUCCACUUCCGGUCGAAGUUGGCUUGGCCGGUGAGUCCAGAAGAGGAUAGAAAAGCCACUGUACAUCACAAGUCAUGGCGGAGGGCUUCAAGUUUAAAGAUGUGGCCAUUUACUUCUCUCAAAAGGAGUGGGAAUGCUUGCACUCUGUUCAGAAAAGUUUGUACCGAGAUGUAAUGUUGGAGAAUUAUAACAACCUGAUCUCACUGGGACUUUCUGAUUCUAAGCCAGAUGUGAUCUCUUUAUUGGAGCAGGGGAAGGAGCCUUGGUUGCUUAAGAGUAAAGAAACAAAAGAAUGGUGCCCGGGUUUGAAAGUUCUCAUGGUAAUGUUGGAGAAAUAGAUCAAAUGACAUAUGAUGAUAAGUCCAUUGCAAAAAAUAGAAUUGGGAGUCCAGAGGAGAAA